CCUCCGCCUCUCCUCCCUCCAUCUCUCCGCCCUUGGAGGCGUUUCAAAGCUCAGCUAGGCUGCUCUGGAAGUGGUUCAAUAUAUCGCUACGGUAUAACUAGUUAUUUGACACAACGACACACACAGUUGAGUACCUUCUAAGGAGGCCCGCCCACUAGAGGCCACCAUGGGGGACGAUAGUGAGUGGAUGAAGCUUCCUGUCGACCAGAAAUGUGAACACAAGGUCUGGAAAGCCCGUCUGAGCGGCUAUGAAGAAGCCCUGAAACUCUUUCAGAGGAUAGAGGAUGAAAAAAGUCCAGAAUGGGGAAAAUACCUGGGCCUGAUCAAGAAGUUUGUCACAGACUCCAAUGUUGUGGCUCAACUGAAGGGCCUGGAGACAGCCUUGGCCUUUGUGAUGAAUGCCCACAUAGCCGGAAAGACAACGGGCGAGGUGACGUCCGGAGUGAUCACCAAGGUGUUCAACCAACCCAAGGCGCGGGCAAAAGAGCUGGGCUUAGAGAUCUGCCUGAUGUACAUAGAGAUCGAGAAGGCUGAAGUGGUCCAGGACGAGCUGCUGAAAGGGCUGGAGAACAAGAACCCAAAGGUGGUCGUGGCCUGCCUUGAGGCCCUCCGGAAGGCCCUCAGUGAGUUUGGAUCAAAGAUUGUGACCUUAAAGCCAGUGGUGAAAGUGUUGCCGAAGCAGUUUGAAUCCAGGGAGAAGGCGGUGAGAGACGAAGCAAAGCUCCUGGCCAUAGAGAUAUUCAGGUGGAUCAGAGAUGCUUUGAGACCACCGCUGCAGGGUAUCAACUCUGUCCAGUUGAAGGAUCUGGAGGAGGAGUGGGUGAAGGUGCCGACAGCCGCGCCCAAACAGACCAGGUUUCUCCGCUCACAGCAAGACCUGAAGGCCAAGUUUGAGCAGCACCAGGCCAAUAAAGGAGAUGAAGUUGACGGGGAGGAAGAGGAGGACACGGUGGUGGUGGUGGAUCCCUAUGAGCUGCUGGAGGCGGUGGAUAUCCUCGCCAAGCUCCCAAAGGACUUCUACGAGAAGAUAGAAGCCAAGAAGUGGCAGGAGAGGAAGGAAACCCUGGAGGCUGUGGAGACGCUGGCUAAAAACCCGAAACUAGAGGCUGGAGACUAUGGAGACCUGGUCAGAGCGCUGAAGAAGGUUGUGGGGAAAGAUGCCAACGUUAUGCUAGUGACCCUGGCCGCUAAAUGCCUGGCUGGUCUGGCCUCUGGACUCAGGAAGAAGUUUGGAACUCAUGCCACACUUGUGGUGUCGACUAUUCUUGAGAAGUUCAAGGAGAAGAAACCUCAGGUUGUGCAGGCCUUGCAGGAGGCCAUCGACGCCAUCUUCCUCACUACCACCCUGCAGAACCUGUCAGAGGACAUCUUGGGCGUGAUGGACAACAAGAAUCCCUCCAUCAAGCAGCAGGCCUCCCUCUUCCUGGCCCGUGCCUUCAGACACUGCACCCAGGCCACCCUGUCCAAAAGCGUACUCAAGCCCUUCUGUGCGGCCCUCCUUAAGCAAGUGAAUGACUCGGCCCUGGAGGUUCGAGACGCCGCUUUUGAGGCCUUGGGGACAGCCAUGAAGGUGAUCGGGGAGAAGGCCGUCAACCCCUUCCUGGCCGAUCUGGAUAAGCUCAAACUGGAUAAGAUAAAGGAAUGUGCAGAUAAAGUGGAACUCCCCGGGGCUAAACGCGGGGCGAGCGGAGGAGACAAGAAGCCUGCCGCAAAAGCCCCUCCCCCAAGUGAAGCCCCAUCCAAGUCCUCUGGCCCGCCCAAGAAGACACCUGCUGCCGCGGCCAGCAAGCCUUCCGCAGGACCUUCUAAGAAGGGCAAGCCAGCCGCCGCGUCCGGGGCUAAGGCUAAGAAAGGGGUCGAGGCCAAAGAGAUUAUAGAAACCGAACUGGCAAUCGAGGUUUGUGAGCAGAGGGCAGCGCUAGUACUUCCUGCGUCCUGUCUGGAGCAUCUAGAUUCGGCCAACUGGAAGGAGAGGCUUGCCAGCAUGGAGGAGUUCCAAAAGGCUGUCGAGACCAUGGAUAAGAUAGAAAUGCCCUGCCAAGCCUUGGUUAGGAUGCUUGCCAAGAAGCCUGGGUGGAAGGAGACCAACUUCCAGGUGAUGCAGAUGAAGCUCCGCGUGGUGGCCAUCAUCGCCCAGAGAGGGCAGUUCUCCAAGACCUCCGCCUCGGUGGUCCUGGAGUGCCUGGUGGACAAGGUGGGAGACGUCAAGUGCGGCGGGAACGCAAAGGAGGGUCUGACAGCCAUCGGGGAGUCCUGCUCACUGCCCUGGACUGCUGAACAGUUGGUAUCAUUGGCUUUUGCUCAGAAGAACCCCAAGAACCAGUCCGAGUCUCUUAACUGGCUGGCCAACGCCAUGAAGGAGUUUGGCUUCGCUGGGAUCAACGUGAAAGCCUUCAUCAACAACGUGAAGAUCGCGCUGGGAGCCACCAACCCUGCCGUGCGGAUCUCGGCCAUCGCCCUGCUGGGGGUGAUGUACCUCUACAUGGGCGCCCCCCUGCGCAUGUUCUUUGAGGACGAGAAGCCCGCCCUGCUCUCGCAGAUAGACGCAGAGUUCGAGAAGAUGCAGGGCCAGUCGCCCCCCGCAGCAACCCGGGGCACCAGGAAGUCUGGGCCCGAGGCUGAUGGGGACGAUGGGGACGAACCAGAGGAGGAUGCGGCGGGACCACCAGACAUCAUGGAUCUCCUCCCCCGAACAGACAUCAGCGAUAAGAUCAACUGUGACCUGGUGUCUAAGAUCGGGGAUAAGAACUGGAAGAUCAGGAAGGAGGGUCUGGAUGAGGCGGCGGCCAUCAUUUCGGAAGCCAAGUUCAUCACGGCCAACAUCGGAGAUCUGUCCCUGGCCCUCAAGGGACGUCUCAAUGACUCCAACAAGAUACUGGUGCUGCAGACCCUGACUAUGCUGCAGCAGCUGGCCACUGCCAUGGGCCCCGGCCUGAAACAACAUAUUAAACCCCUAGGGAUCCCCAUCAUCACUGUGCUGGGAGACAGCAAGGCCAAUGUGAGGGCUGCUGCCUUGGCAACGCUGCAGGCGUGGGUGGAGCAGACUGGAAUGAAGGAUUGGCUUGAGGGAGACGACAUGUCAGAGGAGCUGAAGAGAGAAAACCCCUUUCUCCGCCAGGAGCUCCUGGGCUGGUUGGCCGAGAAGCUACCCAACAUGAGGACGGUGCCGGGGGACCUGAUGCAGUGUGUGCCCCAACUCUUCGCCUGCCUGGAGGACCGCAACGGUGACGUCCGCAAGAAGGCCCAGGACGCCCUGCCAAUGUUCAUGAUGCACCUGGGCUUCGACAAGAUGACCAAGGCAGCGGGGAAACUCAAGCCCGCAUCCAAGGACCAGGUGUCGGGCAUGUUGGAGAAGGCCAGGGCGGUGAUGCCGGCGAAACCUGCUGCACCCUCCAAGGCAGGGGAUGGGGCAGGUAAGGCUCCUGGGAGCAAGGCAGCGGCAGGCCCCAGGCCUCAGGCCUCCGGUGACGACGCCACCGACUCCAAACCCGAAGGCAAGAAGAUCAGAGGAGGGGGAGCGGCGGCCAAGAGGCCCCCCUCCCCUUCCGAGGAGCCCGCCACAGAGGACAGUAGUGGUAGUAAAAAGGCCCCAUCAGUCAGGGGCAAGGCUGCUGCUGGAGGUCAACAGGGGACACCGGGUAAGAAGCCUGCCGCCAAAGGCAUGAAGGAGGAAGAGGACCGGUCGGGACCCAUCUUCACCCUGAUCCCCAACGCCAAGGAGCAGCGGAGCAAAGAGGAGAAGCAGCUGAAGAUCCUGAAGUGGAACUUCACCACCCCCCGGGACGAGUACCUGGACCAGCUCAAGGCCCAGAUGUCCACCUGCUUCGCCAAGUGGCUGCAGGACGAGAUCUUCCACUUUGACUUCCAGAGACACGUCAAGGCCAUCGGCGUCAUGAUGGAGAGGUUGGAGAGCGAGAGCGAGGCGACCAUCGGCUGCCUGGACCUGAUCCUCAAGUGGUUCACGCUGCGCUUCUUCGACACCAACACCACCGUGCUGAUGAAGGUGCUGGAGUACCUGAAGCUGCUGUUCGCCAUGCUCAGCGCGCAGGGCUUCCACCUCAGCGAGUACGAGGCCAGCUCCUUCGUCCCCUACCUCAUCCUCAAGAUGGGGGAGUCCAAGGACGGGGUCCGUAAAGACGUGCGCACCAUCCUGACCCUGCUGUGCAAGGUGUACCCCGCCGCCAAGGUCUUCCCCUUGCUCAUGGACGGUACCAAGUCCAAGAACUCCAAGCAGAGAUCCGAGUGUCUGGAGGAGCUGGGCCUGCUGAUCGAGGGCAACGGUCUGACCGUGUGCCAGCCCACGCCGGCCAAGUGCCUGAAGGAGAUCGCCGUGCACAUCGGCGACCGGGACACCUCGGUGCGCAACGCCGCCCUCAACACCGUGGUCGCCGUCUACAACGUCUGCGGCGAGCAGGUCUACAAACUCAUCGGAAAUCUAUCGGAGAAGGAGAUGAGCAUGCUGGAGGAGCGGAUCAAGCGCUCGGCCAAGAAGACCCCCGCCGCCGCCCCCGCCAAGCAGAGCGCCCCGGAGCGCACCCAGCCCCCCAACUCCACCGCCACCUUCCUGCGCAAGCCCGCCCAGGAGGACCCCAACAAACUCAAAAUAAUGUAUCGCACGUAUAGGAUCCAAGCGCGUCAGAACGCGCAGCACAACGAGCCCUCCCACCCCAGCAUCCCCCGGGAGUUCCAGCUGGACCUGGACAUGAUCGAGACGGACCAGGGCCGCGUGGGCGACCUGCCCGACCUGGUGCAGCACAAGCUGGAGGAGCUGCUGGAGCCCAUCGUGAUGCCCGAGCCCAAGAUGCGCUCGGUCUCCCCCCACUACGAUGAGCUCCACAACAGCACGGCCUCCACCAUAAACUUUGUCAUCUCCCAAGUGGCCAGUGGGGACAUCAACACCAGCAUACAGGCACUGGCUCAGAUAGACGAGGUGCUGCGGCAGGAGGACAAGGCGGAGGUGAUGUCGGGCCACAUCGACCAGUUCCUCAUCGCCACCUUCAUGCAGCUGCGGCUCACCUACAACACGCACAUGGCGGACGAGCGCCUGGACAAGAAGGACAUCUUCAAGCUGUACAGCUGCAUCAUCGGCAACAUGCUGUCUCUGUUCUUCAUGGAGUCCCUGGCCCGGGAGGCGUCCAUGGGCGUGCUGAAGGACCUGAUGCACGGCCUGAUCACGCUGAUGCUGGACGGCCGCGUGGAGGACAUCGAGGACGGCCAGCAGCUCAUCCGCUCCGUCAACCUGCUGAUGGUGCGCGUGCUGGAGCGCUCCGACCAGACCAACAUACUCAGUGCUCUCCUCGUCCUCCUCCAGGACAGUCUGAUAACCACGGGUGGCUCUCCCAUGUUCUCCGAGCUGGUCAUGAAGUGUCUGUGGAGGAUGAUCCGCUACCUCCCAGAGAGCAUCAACAGCAUCAAUCUGGACCGCAUCCUGCUGGACGUGCACAACUUCAUGAAGGUGUUCCCCAAGGACAAGCUCAAGCAGCUGAAGAGCGACGUGCCCCACCGGACCCUCAAGACCCUGCUGCACACACUCUGCAAGCUCACGGGUGCUAAGAUCCUGGACCACCUGUCCAUGAUCGAGAACCGCAACGAGUCUGAGCUGGAGGCCCACCUGAGGCGGGUGGUGAAGCAUUCUGGGAACCUGUCGGGGAUCAAGAGCGACCGGGGCAACGAGAAGAGCGGCCCGCGUACGGAGGAUCGGAUGUCGAAGGCCAAAGUGAGCGACAUCCUGUCGGAGAUCUUCAAGAAGAUCGGCUCCAAGGAGAACACCAAGGAGGGUCUGACGGAGCUGUAUGAGUACAAACAGCAGUACUCGGACGCGGACCUGGAGCCCUUCCUGAGGAACACGUCUCAGUUCUUCCAGAGCUACGUGGAGCGGGGCCUGCGCAUGAUCGAGUCGGAGCGCGAGGGCAAGGGCCGCAUCCAGACCACGGCAGUGAUCCCCCAGCACGGCGUGGACUCGGGGCCUCUGGGGGGCAACAACGGGGAGGACCUGAAGCCGGCCAUGUACUACGAGAGGCUGAAGAUCCUGCGGCAGAGGAAGGGCCUGGAGAACCACACCAAGGGCUUGGGUGGAGUCGGAGGAGUGGGAGGCCCGGAGGACGAGCAGCAGCAGCAGCAGCGUCUGCCCAUCUCCUCGCUGCUGUCCCCCAAGCCCCCCGUGGCCUCCUCCACCGACAUGCUGCAGAGCAAGCUGUCCCAGCUCAAGGAGUCCCGGGAGCUGUACCAGCAGGAGCUCAGCCCGCACGGCCACUCGCCCCCCCGCGGCCGCUCGGCCUCCCCCUCCGCCAACCUGGACGACCUGAAGAAGCGUCUGGAGAGGAUCAAGAGCAACCGGCAGUGAGGCGGGCGGCGGUGUUCCGCACCUGUCACUUUUUAAAAAGGUCUCCAUCUCGCUCUCCCCUGCUCUGUGCACCCCAAUGCAGCUGAUGGUAGAGAAGUGUGUGUGUGUGUGUGUGUGUGUGUGUGUGUGUGUGUGUGUGUGUGUGUCUCUCUCUGGUUCCCUGAAGACCAGCUUCACCCCGGAACCAACAGGGUCUCUCACUCCCUCGCUCGCCCGUUUUCACAGUUUGUUUACAACUGACCAAUAAAUAAAUCCCCUAACAAGCAA